UCGAAGCCUUUUCCGAUCGUUCGGUCUACCAGUCCUUAAUAUAUCUUCGGAUAACCCCUAACUGCUUUUCGAGAUGGUUAAGGGGGACAGACCGACGUGGAAGUCCAACUACUUCCUCAAGCUGGUACAGCUUAUGGAUGAGUACCCGAAGUGCUUCAUCGUCGGCGUUGACAAUGUCGGUUCCAAGCAAAUGCAGCAGAUUCGUGUUUCCCUGCGUAGCUCCGCCGUGCUGCUCAUGGGCAAGAACACGAUGAUGCGUAAGGCCAUUAAGGGUCAUUUGGAGAACAACCCGGCUCUCGAAAAACUGCUGCCCAGCAUCAAGGGCAACGUGGGCUUCGUCUUCACCAAGGAAGAUCUGUGUGAAGUGCGUGAGAAGAUCAUGAACAACAAGGUUCAGGCCCCCGCCCGUGCCGGAGCCAUCGCCCCCGUCGAUGUCCACGUGCCUGCGCAAAACACCGGUCUCGGACCCGAGAAGACUUCCUUCUUCCAAGCUCUGCACAUCCCGACGAAGAUUUCCAAGGGAACGAUCGAAAUCAUCAACGACAUCCAUCUUAUUAAGGUCGGAGACAAGGUCGGCGCUUCUGAAGCGACCCUCCUCAACAUGUUGAACAUUUCGCCCUUCUCGUACGGUCUCAUCAUCCAGGCUGUCUACGACAACGGAACCAUCUUCGCUCCUGAAGUCCUCGACAUCACCCCCGAAGACCUGAAGGCUCGAUUCAUGAACGGAGUCCGCAACGUUGCCGCCGUUUCUCUCAAGAUCGGUUACCCGACAUUGGCCUCUGCUCCUCACUCGAUCGUCAACGGACUCAAGAACCUCAUAUCGAUCGCUCUGAGCACCGACAUCGAAUUCGAAGCUGCCAAGCUCGCCAAGGAGUACUUGAAGGAUCCGUCCAAAUUCGCCGCUCUCGCCGCCCCGGCCGCCGGGGCAGGUGGAUCUCCAUCGAAGGCCGCAGCCAAGGAAGAGAAGAAGGAGGAACCAGAAGAAGAAGAAGACGACGACAUGGGUUUCGGUCUCUUCGACUGAGAAACCCGCGUCGUGCGGGACACGGUCUGUGGCGCUCCGAAUCCGGCGGGAUUCGCUGGCGCUCAGGGAUAAUUCGGCUUCAAAGAAAAAUAUAUGGGGAGCGAACAUUGUCAAUAAAGAUGGUGAAGCUUUUCGAA